UUCGUUCUGGAAAUGAGGAAACGCUCUGUUCAAAAUAUUACUUUUAACUAUGUAUUCUCCUUGUUGUAAUGGCUGAGAACAAGGGUGAUUAUGAUGAAAGAUAUGGGCAUAUGGUUUGCUUAUAGGAUUGAUUUUUUGUCACCAAUUUUUGUAUCACAGCUGCCAUAUAAAACUAGAUAGCAAUGUUAACCAUACAUUCAUCAGCACACUUUCGCCUACUACUGCAAAUGUUGCAGUUGCUGCAUGCCUGCAACCAUGAUCAGUUCAUGUUGUAAAAUGAUAUUUUGUAUUAUUUAAUUGGCCGAUAUUGAGGAAAUGACUUAUUUUUUAUGUAGUCUUUAUAUGUACAAUUGUUUUGAGCACAUUUCAAUAUUUUGAACCGGCUUUAUAAAUGGUGUUCCAUCUUUUCCCCCUGUUUUUAAUAAAAUAGUUUCUCAUCUUACAGUAAAUAGCCAUGUCUGCUACAAUAUCAAGAAUUGAUAGCUUGGAGCUGUUCCUUUCGAGACUUGUGCUUAUGUGAUCUGCUUUUUGAAUGCCCUUUUUUUUUCUUUCAAAUAAUUUAAUUUGUUUCAUUCACUCUUCGAUCUCCCGGGUUUAUCUUAAGAAGCAAUUAGGCAGUCAUUUAAUUUCAAUGGGAGGCUCCUCUUUUAUCUUUUUUAUGCCCUCAGGCAAAUUUCUUGCAUCGGGUUUUUAAUCAUGAUUACCGAAGGGGAGAACAUGGGCGCAAAUGAUUGCUCAGCACUUCAAAGCUCUUUCUUCCAAUCUAGAAGAUUCAUCAUGCCAAAGGAGAGAAGAGAUCGUUCUGCAUCUCAUGAUAGGUAUAGAGCAUCUCCAUUCAACUGCAGCUCCAGUCAUGCUAGACGAUCUUCACCUAAACUGCCCGUGGGAAGUGAGGAUAAUGUGAGAGAGUGGGAAGAAGUCAGAUGCCCCGUCUGCAUGGAACAUCCUCACAAUGCAGUUCUACUUAUAUGUUCAUCCCAUGAAAAGGGAUGCCGUCCUUACAUGUGUGAUACUAGCCGUCGCCACUCAAAUUGCCUAGAUCAAUUCUGCAAGUUGUUUUCAGAAACUUCAACAAUAAUGCCAGUGCAGGAAGACAUGGAGCUCCCAGCAGCAAACUCUUCCCCGACAUUGGAAUCUGAAUCCAUGGUUGAUGAUACGCCAGAUGGGCAAAGUGAGGGGAUUCAACUAAAUGUGCACCCUUCAUCUUGUGAGAAUCAGACGCAGCCUAAGCUGGUAUGCCCUUUGUGCCGAGGGAAGAUAAAAAAGUGGAUUGUUGACGAGCAUGCCCGUCAGUUCAUGAAUGCAAAAUCAAGAAGUUGUUCCUGCGAGACAUGUAACUUCAGUGGACCCUAUACAGAUCUUAGGAAGCACGCAAGGAAGGAGCAUCCUCUUGUGCGUCCAUCAGAAGUAGAUCCAGAACGGCAGCAUAAUUGGAGACGACUUGAGCGACAGAGGGACCUAGGCGACCUUCUUAGCACACUACAAUCAUCAUUUGGAGAGGAUAGGGUUGAUGAUAGUAUUUUGCCCAUUGAUGAUGGUGGUUGGCUCACAGUUUUUUUCCUUAUUCGAGUUUUUCGACCUGAAUCCAGUCGGAGGAGUAGCAGUUGGUCUAAUGUCUCUAGAGCUAGAGGCCAACCAAGUUUUAGGAGGAGAACAACCAGACUUUGGGGGGAGAGUUAUGAUGGGGAAAUAGGAUCAUCUUCCAGAGAUGAAGAUAAUGACUCUUCAGAUGAUGGAUCAGGUCCCUUGAGGCAUCAGGAGCGCAUACAGCGACAGACAACACCAGAUAAUGCACCUUGAUGAUACUCUGAAUAUAUGUGGUUUGAUUUUGAUUCUCAUCCUCUCAGGAUGAUUGGGUAAACAGGUUUUGCUCAAUCUGUGUGUAGCAGCAGGUAGCAAUUUCCUAUAUGGUGGUUACUGCUUCUGUUGCCCUUUUGGUCUUUAAAACGGAAAGAAAGAUGGAGGCUGUUCCUUGCUGCCUUUAUCAUGUGUUCCAUUGAUUCUGGAUCAAUUCUGGUUCGAAUCUUGUAAUUUACUGGACUUCGAGUCAUUUAAUGUCUUCCUUUGGCAGCCCUCGUACUCUCUACAUAUGUUGCUGCAGUGUCAACUUAGUUUCUCUCUAUAUAUUCAAGUUUCAAUAAAAUUACUUUGCUUUCUCAGGAA